GCUGUCCUUCACAUUUGUCACAAAGCAAGGAGAACAGGUUCUUCCACACCGGCCUCAUAGUAUGGCGCGCUUUCUUUACAAAAGGCAACAAGGGGAGAUCAGUGCUUUGGUGGAAGGAGAGAGUAACUAGAGACAUUCCCAGGGGUUUUCCAGGCUGUAGUCUGGUAGCAGGCCCAUGGGAGUGAGAGCCGAGAUGCUUUAACUGCAGAGGGGUCAUUUGGAUCAACUCUUUCCUCAGUGAAAAGAGGAAAUCAGAGAUACAUGCAUGACUGGAACAAAAGCAGAGGGCAGCGGCAGCAAGUUUUACUCAGAAAUCCCAGCGGAGCCAUUUGAUCCUGUAACCAAUGGCAACAGUCCAGGCCCUGUCCUUGGCCCAGAACCCCGGCAAAAGCAUCAGUGCCGUUUACCCUGCAUCCUCUCUGGCAUCAGGCCGUUGCGUCAUGGGAAGUGUAGGCAGCCUCAUCGAGAAGCCAGACGUGUCGCCUACCAAGAGUAAUAGAGCUGUUCCACAGGUAUCAGGACGCCAGAACCACAGCCUGCUCAAGAAGGGUUUCAACCAGAGAGAGCUGCUUAACUACCUGAACAUAACCAAGAAGGAAGCGAAAGGCAGCAAGCACAUCAUCGCCGGGUCUUCCUCCAUCAAGAGAGAGCACAGAAGUGAGGAGGAGGACGUCUACUCUAAGGUCUACCACAGGGAUGGAAGGGAGGUGGAUUUAGGAAAGAACUCACUUCCUAUAGGUGGCAAGUUUGACAAGCCACGUUUCAGGCCUUCUGCAUUUAAACCGGUAACUCCAAAAAACUUCAGUUCCAUGCAGAAUAUCUACCCAUCCAAGGUGGAUGAGGAGCGCAAGAGCAGCUUAACCAAUGGCAUGCAUCAGUCCUAUGCCAAAGCAGCACAGAAAUCACUGUCCACAUCUUCCACGUCUUCCUCCCCUUCACGACCAGGUACGAGUGCCUGCAAAGGCGUACUGGCAGCAGCUCGGGGCCUCAGCCAAGAAGAGGAGAACACAUCAGACUCAGGGCACAACUCUAUGAACAGCCUGCCGCCCUAUCGGCCGCCGUUCUGCCCUCACUUGGGGCAAAUCAGUGCCUCCAUGGGUCACAUCAACCACAUUGGUUCACUGGAUCGGACCUCACUGGGUUCUAAAGGUGCUGCUUCCACCAUCACAGAAAUGUCCUGCCAAAGCAUGGCUACGUUGAACCGCCUUCAGUGCUACGGCAGUGAGUCCCAGCCCCCCUACGAGCUGUCACACUCGCUGGAGGACGUGGUGAAGGACCUGGAGGAGCGUCUGCAGGAAAAGGAGCACGAGCUGAGGCAGAUGAGGAGGAACCUGGAUGAGAGUGAGGACGCCAUUGCACAGGUUUUUGAAGGGAAGCAGCGUCUCUGGGAAAAGGAGGUGACAGAGUUGAAGCACCUGUACACCUCCAAACUGCGUCAGGUAUCCCACCAGUCCCAGCGCUCACAGCGAAACGUGCAGCUGCAGCUCUAUAAGGCACAGCAGGAACGCAACAGACUGCAGGAGGAGCUGGUUGCUGUAAGGCUUGAGUGUCAGACCCUGAAAAGUCAAGACCCAAAGGCACACAGUCAGAACAUUAAUCCCCAGCUCGAGGAGACCCAAUGGGAGGUCUGUCAGAAGUCAGGAGAGAUCUCUUUACUGAAGAGACAGCUGCGGGACUCUCAGGCAGAGGUCACCCAGAAGCUGAGUGAAAUCUUCCUCUUAAAGACUCAGCUGCACGAGGCAUGCAAUCAGAUCCAGGCCAAAGACAGCCAGAUGGACAUGCUGCAGAUGGCCCUACAGGGCGCUCGGCGGAAAUGCCCCUUACCUGCUUUCGAGGACGCUCGAGUGGACUCAGGUGAUACCGGAGGAGCCAGUACCACAGAGGAGCGACUCAGAGCAGAACUGCUGCUGGAGAGGCGGCAGAACGAGGCGCAGACUUCAGCCUUUGAGGCUGAGAGGAGCACGUGGCAGACCGAGAAGGAGAAGGUGAUUCGGUACCAGAAGGAGAUGCAGGCCAGCUACAUCGAGAUGUACCACAAGAACGAGGCCUUGGAGAGAGAACUGGCAAUGCUGAGAGGGGGCAGGGCCAGACUUGAAGGAGUGGGAGCAGGGGACGAGGAUGUGGGCGGGGCCUUACAAGAAGAGAAACCGCCCACUGGUCUGCCCUGGAUAGAGAGGAUUGAGUCCUCUGAAAUCUGACUUUGUUGUUUGGCAUCUCAGAUUAGGUUGAUGCCAAAACCUCUGGCUCAUAAUCUGAGUUUGACUUUAGAUUUCUGAGACAAUGUUUUAAGAUUAAUAUUAUACUAUGUGUAUACACAUAUGAACCAAAAGCAUAAUAGAGGUGCAAAAUGGACAUUAUCUAAUGUUUUGCAUUGCAGAAGGAUUGAAAGGGAUUUUGUUCUGAUAAAUGUUUAUCUGAAGCAUCAAACUGCUUUUCUUUUUUUCUUUGCUGGAAUUGACUAGCACUGUUUUUCCAUUAUAAAUCUUAUUUUGUGCUUUAGUUAGCAAAUAUUACUCAAUUUCUCAUGAUAAUUGCAGUUUAUGAAAGCAUCAUAUUUUAAUGUGACGUUCUCCAAAGACUGAAAUCUGGAGUGUGUGGAGAGUUCAGAUGUGUUCUUGUGCAUUCUCUGCAAAGCAUGUUGCACUUUAAAAGCACACAACUCAAGAGUUGUCUGCUUUUUUGACUUUGCAAGGGGUGCGGGUUCUGUUCAUUUGACCUAAGAUUUCCAUAAAUGCACGAAAAUGUGAAAGUAUAAUUCAGAAAUGUUUUUAUGCAGAUGUGUGGGACUAUUGAAAAGACUUAGAAGUUGAUGGUAAUAAGGUCCCAGGCUAUUAUUUCUUACUUAACUGUGACUUGUUAAAAACUACUGAAUUUCAGCUUUUAUUUCAUAUGUUAAUUGUGUAGAUUUGUACUAUACAUGUCAGUUGUUCUUCACCUCAAUGUCACAUCAACCUUGCCAUUUUAUCUUCAAUUAACUUUAAGAUUUUCCUUUGCUCUCUCUUCCAGUUAGUGUAAAAUAAAAGUUUAAAACAUGUCUUCCAGUUGGCGUUUUCUUCUAUAUUUUAUUCUUAAUCACUGUUAAAAAGCCUUAGCUUAUUUAACUUUAUUUAUAAUCUUAAUAAAAGUUUCAUUGGGCUAGACUCCCAUAACUGAAGAGUAUUAUAAGUUAGUUUCUCAGGGGAAGAAUGAGACUCCACAGAGCCCCGGCACACCUGCACAUCAGAUCCGGCUCUGUUGAGAGGAAUGUUGUGCUUGAUGGAUCAGAAUGGGUCAUUGUCACAAGGACAAAAAGGAGUCUAUGUAGAGACUUAAAUUGGUACUUUGAGAAAGCACCAGGGUCAUCAAAUUAGAUCCGUAUUUGUUUUGAAAAACUUCUUUCAGAUAACUGACCGCUUGAGUGAAUGAGCUUUUUCUUUUCCUUUAAUACUCUGUUAAAUAUAGUAUCAGUCGAAGUUUACACAUGUUGGAC